AGCAGCUGUGAAGGGAGCGGACCGUUAUGUCUGUUUGUUUAAAAGUUACUUAAUAUAUGUUAAUCUUGACUUAAGAUUUAUUUGAUAUUAUGUCAAUACAUAAAUAUAUGUAGAAGUUACUGGGACACAUUUGUAGUUUUUUUUUUACCCUGGAAUUUAGUGAACAGCCACGAAAAGAAUAGCGGUUAGUAAGCUAACCAAGUGUAACAUUCUGUGGUUAUUUAUCAGAUAGAAAACUUAAGAUAAUACAGCAAAACGUAAGCGUUAAGCCUCAUUUGUGUUGCUUAAGGUUUUCCUAAGGGUUAUGUCGAUUGUGGCUUUUGUGAAAAGCGAAUUAGCUCAGUGGUUGUUAAUGUACACUUUGAUUUUGCAACCCGUUACGAAGAAACAAAAGGAACAUAAAGUUCAGUCAGAGCCAUCUUUACUGGGGUAGAUGACAGCUUGUUCGUUGUUUUCCUUCGGCAUUCCUGUCUUGAUUGUCACCAAACCGCUAUGGAUCUCAGACAAUGCUGAGUAUUUAUAAAGAAUUAGGUCACCAUUAUGGGCACAGCAUCUUCUCUGGUCAGCCCUGGAGAGGUGAUAGAGGAUGGAUAUGGUGGUGAAGGAGGAGAAGCCUGCGAGAUACCUGUCGAGGUCAAACCCAAAGCCAGACUUUUGCGCAGCUCUUUCCGCCGAGGACCUCGGGUGAUUGGGGCCAGUUUCAAAUCCACAGGAUCUGUGGAUCUAGAAUAUGCUGCAGAAUAUGAAAGACUCCGUAAAGAGUACGAAAUCUUCCGCGUCAGCAAGAAUAAUGAGAUCUCAUCCAUGCAAAAGAAGGAGGCCAAGUUGGAUGAGGAGAACAAGAGGCUGAGAGCUGAGUUACAGGCUCUGCAGAAGACCUACCAGAAGAUUCUACGAGAAAAAGAAAGUGCUCUUGAGGCAAAAUACCAAGCUAUGGAGAGGGCUGCCACUUUUGAGCAUGAUAGGGACAAAGUAAAACGCCAGUUUAAGAUUUUCCGGGAGACAAAAGAAAAGGAGAUACAGGAUCUUCUUCGGGCUAAGAGGGAUUUGGAAGCCAAACUGCAACAGUUGCAGACUCAGGGCAUUCAGGUCUAUGAUCCAAAUGACUCUGACUCAGAUGACAACCAAACCACUGUGACUGUCACUGGAACACAGUGUGAGUACUGGAGCGGAGGGGUGCUGGGAAGUGAGCCCUCUAUGGGUAGCAUGAUGCAGUUGCAACAGACUUUCAGAGGGCCGGAGUUAGCACACAGUUUGAUAGAUGUGGAGGGUCCUUUUGCAAAUGUGAGCAGAGAUGACUGGGAUGCUGCAGUAGCCAGUCUUCUUCAGGUAUCACCUCAUGUACCCCAGGCCUUAUGGAGCAACACUGUACGCUGUUACCUAAUCUCUACCCAGGAGACCAAAACAGAGUUGGAUAUCUUCAUUAAGAAACACUCUUCAGUGUUACGCCAAAUGUGUGAGGGCCUUGGCCAUUUCUACCUGAAUGUCUUCUUCCCAGAGGAGAGUGCUGCUUCAUGCACCAUCGAGCGCAAGCUCGAGAUCGAAAGAAGUUCUGUGUGUGUGCUUCUUCUCAAAUCCACUGUCACAAGCUCUGUUUUAGAGGAUAGUGAGGAGGCUUUUGUGAAGAAUCCAGAUGGCCAUCCACUGGUGCUUUACCUCAGAACCCAAGAGGAUCACAGCCUGUCUGCACCCAUUAGGCAGCUUUUAGAAAGGGUCAAUGCUGCAGACAAGGCUGCCAAAAUCAAGGUGGUGGAUCAUAGUGGUUCUGCUGAAGAGGGGGCUAACCUGAUAUUUGCUCAGCUGGAAAAAAUCAUCAAGCAGGAGUUGCUGGGAUUUGAAGGAGCAGAUGUUGACUCUAAGGACUCUGCUAUAGACGAAGGACACGAGGAAGACUCGGGAGAAGUGUUGUGGGAUCUGCAUGAUGAGCAGGAGCAGAUUGAGUCCUAUCAACACGCUUGUAGCAGCACCACCUCCCACUUUGGCAUCCAAAAGUAUAUAGAUCGACUGAAUGACAUGAUUGCUGCUCCACCACCCACACCCCCUCUGCUGGUAUCUGGUGGUCCAGGCUCAGGAAAGUCUCUCUUGCUCUCCAAAUGGAUUGAGUUGCAACAGAAGCAAUCCCCCAAUACCUUGUUCCUUUAUCACUUUGUUGGUCGCCCACUUUCCACAAGCUCAGAACCAGUUCUCAUUAUCAAACGCCUCACAGUCAAACUACUGCAGCACUUCUGGUCCAUUUCUGGCUUGUCCAUGGAGCCUAGUAAGAUCUUGGAGGAGUUUCCUCGCUGGCUUGAAAGAUUAUCAGCGCGCCAUCAAGGAAACAUCAUCAUUAUCAUUGACUCAAUUGACCAAAUACAGCAAGCAGAAAGACACAUGAAGUGGCUUAUUGACCCUCUCCCUGUCAAUGUUAGAGUGGUGGUGUCAGUCAAUGUAGAGACAUGUCCUCAAGCUUGGAGGUUGUGGCCCACGCUCCACUUGGAUCCACUUAGUCCCAGAGAAGUCAGAAGCGUUGUGAAUGCAGAGUUCCAGGGAAUGGACCUCAAACUUACCAAGGACCAGGAGAAGAAACUGGAACGGCACUGUCGCUCUGCAUCGACCUGCAACGCAUUAUACGUCACACUGCUGGCAAGGAUGAUAACCAGUGGUAGAUCUUGCUGGUCACUGGAGAAGAAUCUGGAGCAGUGUCUGCAAUGUCAAGACACCAUGUCACUCUAUCGCCUGGCUCUCAAGAUAAUGCUAAACAGCCUUAGCACGGACAGAGAGCGACAUAUAAUGAGAGAGAUGCUGUGCCUUGUGUUUGCUAGCCAUAAUGGAGUGAGUGAAUCAGAGGUUUUAGAUAUUUUCCCAGAACUCGAGCUGCCCACGCUGUCCUCUUUGCUCUAUCACCUGAACAAACUGUGCAUUGUAACCCUCCGUUGUGGACUCAUCAGGUUUCAGCACCUGCAGGCUUGGGAAGCUGUAAAACUGGAGUUUCUGGGUGGAGGAAGCAGCUCUGCUUCUUACAGAGAGAAACUAAUCAAUUUCUUCAACAAGCAGCUCAGCCAGGACCUUGUGACAUGGCGUGUAGCAGAUGAGCUUCCGUGGCUGCUCCAACAGCAGGAGGACAGAGCUAAACUACAGCUCAGCCUUUUGAACCUGUUUGUCUCCCAAAACCUUUAUAAGAGGGGCCAUUUCUCUGAGCUGCUGGCCUAUUGGCAGUAUGUUGGCAAAGACAAAAGCUCCAUGGCAACUGAGUACUUUGACUCUCUGAAACGGUACGAGAAGAGCUGCGAGAGUGAAGAUGGCAUGACUAAGCUGGCUAACUUGUAUGAGACUUUGGGACGUUUCCUUAAAGACCUGGGCCUCCCUAGUCAGGCUGUAGCUCCGUUACAAAGGUCUCUUGAGAUUAGAGAGACAGCCCUGGACCCGGAUCAUCCCAGCGUAGCUCAAUCUCUGCACCAGCUGGCUGGAGUUUAUGUCCAUUGGAAGAAAUAUGGCAAUGCUGAACAGCUGUACAAGCAAGCUCUUGAGAUAAGUGAGAACGCCUAUGGGGCUGAGCACACCAGCGUGGCACGAGAGUUGGAGUCACUCACCAUGCUCUAUCAAAAGCAAAACAAGUAUGAACAAGCAGAGAAACUGAGGAAGCGGUCAGUGAAAAUUCGUCAGAAGACUGCCCGAAAGAAAGGUCAUAUGUAUGGCUUCACUUUGCUGCGGCGAAGAGCUCUCCAACUGGAAGAACUGACCCUAGAAAAAGAUUCUGCAGACUGUGCCAAGACACUCAAUGAACUUGGUGUUCUUUACUACCUUCAAAACAACUUGGAUGCUGCCAAAAUGUUCUUGACCCGUUCUCUGGAAAUGCGUCAACGAGUCCUCGGUCCAGAUCACUCAGACUGUGCUCAGUCCCUCAACAACCUGGCUGCACUGCACACCGAAAGACGGGAGUACGAGACAGCAGAAGACAUGUAUGAGAGGGCGCUGGACAUCCGCAAGAAAGCCUUGUCACCAGACCACCCCUCUCUGGCAUACACACUCAAACACCUGGCUAUGCUUUAUAAACGCAGAGGAAAGCUGGAGAAGGCGGCUCCACUUUAUGAGUUAUCUCUGGAUAUCAGGGAGAAAAGUUUUGGACCCAAACACCCCAGUGUGGCAACAGCACUUGUUAACCUAGCAGUAAUCUACUGCCAGCUGAAGAAGCACAGUGAUGCCUUGCCCCUUUAUGAACGGGCCCUGAAAGUGUAUGAGGAUAGUUUGGGGCGCUCACAUCCACGGGUUGGAGAGACCCUUAAGAACCUGGCUGUUCUAAGCUAUGAGGAGGGUGACUUUGAGAGGGCAGCAGAGCUUUACAAGCGUGCAAUGGAGAUUAAAGAGGCAGAGCCAUCAUUAGUGUGUGGCAUUGCCCCAUCGCGCCAUUCCUCUAGUGGCGACACAUUCAGUCUGAGGGGGCCUGCUCCCCUACCACUCCCCCCAAGGUGACUCCGUUAGCUAUUAUUGCCAUUAAAGGCUGUCCUUACAGCUCCAUCUACCACUGAGAAGCAUAAAAGUUCAUUUCAAUAUUUUAUUACAAAGGGAAUCAUCCUGGGCAUCACAAUGUGAUUAUUGUUAUAGAAAUUGCUGUGAGGCAAAGACACUCGGAAGCAGAUGGGAAACGUUAGGUAGGAUGAUCAAGUAAUCUGCCGUUUAAUCUGCUUGGCUGAGAAGAAUUCAGAGAAGCACAGAAAAGCUCCCAUGCCAAGUUUCUGACAUCCAUCCAUCUUCUGUAGCCACUUUUCCAAUUUAGGGUUCUGGUGAAGCUGGAGCCUCUCCCAGCUGCUAACAUUCUGAUAGCCAAACAUAAGGAGGUGUCUGUUACUCUUUUCACAAUAUUGGAACUGAGAUUCCAGCCUAUGCAGGUGACUAUUCACACUUUCGGCACAGAUUCAUUGAAUCACUCCAGUGGACAACAUCUGUGCUUACCAUUGUAUAACGAAUGUUUAAUGCACUAUUUCUGUUUGUUUAUGAUUAAAGUGAAUAAGUUCAGAAGAAGUUCACGCUGCUCCCACAAAAAGAAAACAAAUGUUUUUAAUUAUUACUCGCUGGACAAUCAGUCCUCAAGCACUUUUAAAGUCUACACUGUAGACUGAAGGAAUAAUAUUUGGCAGCUGUUUGCCGUCUUUAAAACACAAAGAGCAUUUAGUAAUAACUGUGUUGAGUAUUUUAUGUUGACAUACAUACAGUGUUUACCAAAAAGUAUUGUGAAUUCUUAAAGGGGAACCCCAAAAUAAAUCCAAAAACGAACCUCAGACAUGUCUGAGGAAAUGUAUUCACUGAUUUCAUGAUGUUUGUACAACUCUUUAUGUACAUGUAUUUAUUCAUUUUCAAGACAUGUUAAGUCUCCAAGCUUCUGUAAAAUACAUUAAACUGUUUUCUGUCUGUCAGAAGGUACAUGAAGUCAAAGGGAACAAAAAACUAAAGAAAACUGUUAUUACAUUGCCAAAUGUAAAAUAUACAUGUUUUCAUAUAUGCAAGUAAUGCUGUGUAAUUAAAAUAGUUUAAGAUUGUACAGGACAGUUACCUAAAUCAUAUAAAAUAUGUUAAGACUGUAUUUCAUCUAAUAAAUGCUUUGAGAGAA